GCGGAGCUUUCGGUUGGCAGCAGGAGCGGCGGCCGCCGGCGCCUGACGGGACCCCCCCCCACACUCCUCCCCACAGACACAGACACCCCACGCCGCGGCGCCGGCGCUCCGGGGGCCCCUUCCCCGCUCACACCCCCCCCCCCCCCCCGCCUCACGGCCCUGCCGCCGCGCCGGUCCCGGUGCCUCCUGUCACCCUCCUCGCUGUGCCGCAGCGCGGGCAGGCCCCGGGCCCCUUCCCCCCCUCCCCCGGGGGGGGGUGGGCUCCUCUCUGGAAACCUGGCCGCUCCCUCCGCGCCGCCUGUCCAGCUGGGCCUGCGCCCACCGCCGCCGGGCAGCGCGGGGGGUCCCUCGCCGCCGCCCGGCCUCCGCUGUGACACAGGAAAUAAAAUAAUGCUAGUGAAGCAAUUGUUUUGCUGAAGUUCAAGUUUUCAGGCUCACUGCCAUUAUGGAUGAGCAGCAAGCUUUGAAUUCAAUCAUGCAGGAUUUGGCUGUGCUUCAUAAGGCCAGUCGUCCUGUCUUGCCCCAGCAAGAAACAGGAAAACCAAAGUCAUCUUCGCCUAAAAAACAGAAUGAUGUUAGAGUCAAAUUUGAACAUCGAGGUGAAAAAAGGAUUCUGCAAUUACCAAGGCCUGUUAAACUUGAAGAUCUUGCAGCUAAAGCUAAAGUUGCUUUUGGACAGACUAUGGAUUUACAUUACAGCAAUAAUGAGCUUGUAAUUCCAUUAACCACACAGGAUGACCUGGACAAAGCUGUUGAACUGCUUGACCGUAGUGUUCAUAUGAAGAGUCUGAAGAUACUGCUUGUAAUACACGGAAAUACACAGUCACCCAGUGUAAAUAACGUGGAACCCUUGCCCUCACUGGAAGAUUUAGAUAAUAUAGUGUUUGGUGUGGCAGACAGAAAAAGGCGACUGUCUGUAAUAGGUUCUAAUACUCGUGAUAGAAGUUCACCUCCCCCAGGAUACAUUCCAGAUGAGCUGCAUCAGGUGGCCCGAAAUGGGUCCUUCACUAGUAUCAACAGUGAGGGUGAAUUCAUUCCAGAAAGUAUGGAUCAGAUGCUGGAUCCACUGUCUUUGAGCAGUCCUGAAAACUCUGGCUCAGGAAGCUGUCCCUCACUUGACAGCCCUUUAGAUGGAGACAACUAUCCCAGAUCUCGGAUGCCAAGAGCACAGAGCUAUCCAGAUAAUCAUCAGGAAUUCUCAGUAGAGUAUGAUAUCCCAAUAUUUGAGAAAUUUGGAAAGGGGGGGACUUAUCCCCGAAGAUACCAUAUUUCAUAUCAUCAGCAAGAUUAUAAUGACGGUCGUAAAACUUUCCCAAGAGCCAGAAGGACUCAGGGGAACAGCUUCCGAUCACCAGUUAGUUUCAGCCCCACUGAUCACUCGCUCAGCACCAGUAGCGGAAGCAGCGUCUUUACGCCGGAGUAUGAAGAUAAUCGAAUGAGGAGGAGGGGAAGUGACAUAGACAAUCCUACCUUGUCAGUCAUGGACAUCAGCCCACCCAGUCGCUCACCACGAGCUCCAACUAACUGGAGACUUGGUAAACUGCUGGGUCAAGGUGCAUUUGGCAGAGUGUAUCUGUGUUAUGAUGCUGAUACCGGAAGAGAACUGGCUGUUAAACAAGUUCAGUUUGAUCCCGAUAGUCCAGAAACCAGCAAGGAAGUAAAUGCACUUGAAUGUGAGAUUCAGUUGCUGAAAAACCUGCUGCAUGAAAGAAUUGUUCAGUAUUAUGGCUUCUUGAGAGAUCCGCCGGAAAGAACACUCUCUAUAUUCAUGGAAUACAUGCCUGGGGGUUCCAUCAAAGACCAACUGAAAUCAUAUGGAGCGCUCACAGAGAAUGUGACUCGCAAAUAUACGCGGCAGAUUUUGGAAGGAGUUCACUAUUUGCACAGUAAUAUGAUUGUCCAUCGAGAUAUUAAAGGAGCAAAUAUUCUGCGGGAUUCAGCAGGCAACGUGAAGCUCGGUGACUUUGGUGCCAGCAAACGACUGCAGACUAUCUGUCUCUCUGGUACAGGAAUGAAGUCUGUCACAGGAACUCCGUACUGGAUGAGUCCAGAAGUUAUUAGUGGAGAAGGAUAUGGCAGAAAAGCAGACAUCUGGAGCGUAGGUUGUACAGUGGUAGAAAUGCUCACUGAGAAGCCCCCGUGGGCAGAGUUCGAAGCAAUGGCUGCCAUCUUUAAAAUUGCCACUCAGCCAACCAACCCCCAGCUACCACCUCAUGUCUCCGACCAUGCUCGGGAUUUCUUGAAACGGAUUUUUAUCGAGGCCAAGCUGCGACCAUUUGCAGAUGAACUGCUAAGACACACGUUUGCACACUAUCACUAACAGCCUGCCUCAACUCAGCUUGCAUCUACUGCAUUUAUUUUCUAUUUGACUGCACUUUUAUUUUUAUUUUUUAUGAAAAAAAAGAGAAAAAAGACAAGAGAGAGAAUAUUCUCUUGAAUCUUUGUUUCACUUAGAUUGUAAACAAUCUAAAUUUUGUAUCUAAAAUGAGAAUCUUCUCUCCCCCUCUCCCACCAGGACUAGAACUUUUUGUUUCUAUAAUGUACUGAUGUGGUUCACGUAGAUAAAGCACUUUAGUACAUAUUUGUUCCUUAUUUAAAGUGGAAAAAAAAAAAAAAAAAGACAAAUGCUUGGACAGUCAGGAACUGUGUGACUUUUUCUGACACCGCUGACUGACUCAGGGUGCAAGGAAAAACAGACAUGCAGCUAAAGGACAAGAAGGUUACUUCUCUGUGAUUCUUCUUUGUAUUGUAGGUACUUGCAGCAGAGAGUUCUAAGUUCUUAUUAUAUUUUAACAUUUUAAUCAGUUUCUGGAUUUUACAGUUUAAGCUGGAACAUGCAGUUAUGAGAGUUAAAGCUGGAAGAACUUGGAACUCUUUGUACAGCAGCAUGUCUAACUGGUACUUCUAAGUGACCAAAACAAAAUAACAAAAAAGAACUCAACACUGAUGUACUAGCUAAAGACUUUGGUGUAGAACUAUUGUAUUAUCUUAACAGGAAAACAAUUACAGGUAAACAGAUUACAGACCCAGACUCCUAGGAACUCCUAUACUGCAAGGGAACAAUUUCUGUAAUAGACAAGGGUCAGCUGUUGGAUGUAAGUCGUUAGGAGAAUGCCUCCUGCUGUAUCUGCCAAAGAGAACCUCUGUUGCAUAAGCUUGGAGGGUGAUGGUUGUCUUAGGUAAGAAAAAAUAGUGCUGUUGAGAGUCAGUUCUCCACCACAAUCCCAUGAACAUGGUGGGGAGUGGGAAGGGGAGUGACUAAUCCUUGUGCAGUAUACGAGUUACUUAAUUCAGAAUGCGCUGUAAGAAAUAAUGUUUUCAAUGCUGUCAAGAGGCGCUAGGAUGGAAUGUAUGUCAACAUCAAGUGCCUGAUUAAUAUAAAAUUCUUCCCAUUAUGCACUAAAAAAAAAGUUGUUUUAAUAAUACAAUUCAGUCAUGUAGGAUGUGUUGAAAAUUCCUGAAAUAAACAUUUUUUUAACACCAGGAAUAAGUCACUGAGAAAGAAGACUCCAGUUAUCAAUGCUACCUUAUUAAAAAUAUGAAUCCAUAUGAACAAGGAGGCACAGCACAAAAGAUUGUAUAAAGAAUAGGCCAAAAGUGCAAAGAGAGCCAGCAGUUAAAUAAUGUUAGCAUGAUUACUCCAGCCUGAUAAUCUGGACGAUUGGUGUUUAUCAGGUUUCCAACUGUCAUAAAAUGUACGUUAAUCACUUUUUCCAUUUCUGAAAGAGUAUAAUAAAAGAACAAAAGUAAAACUCUGAAAUGCUGCUUCUCAAUAGAGAAGUCCAGAUACUGAUCAGGUGUAGUGAAUAACUGACUUGUCGCUACAGAGGAGUCAGACUCUCGUAUUUUUGUAGAAGAAUACAACAUAAAUAAUUUAAAAGGGCAUUUGGAAAUAAACUAUUGGACUACAGAACUGAAAUAACGUUUACUGGUUUGGGUGAUUCAUUGCUUGCCUUUGUUGUUUUGUGAAGGCAGAGCGGGCUGGUACUGAGAACCUUGUCCACUCUGACAAGGCUCUACCUGUUUUGCAUCUUCAGAGGACUGCCAGAAUUAUGAAGUGCAUGGAGAUAAAACAAGGAGCUUGCCCAUUCCCAUGGUAGUUUACUCACAAGAUUUCUGAAUUUAUUCUGCUAACUUUCAAAUUUUCUAUCAGAGUUUGAGUAGGAGUAUGGAUCUGUCUUAAUCACUUUACCUGUAGUGGAGUAAGAAUGAUUUCUUUGAGGCCAUCUCUCCUGAGACAGACUGGUGGCUUCUUUGGUUUAUGUGAGUGGUUUACCUAGCUUAUAAUUUUCUCGGUCAGGGUACACAACUGUGCAAGGUUUUCUGAGCAUGGGAAGAACUAGUCAGGCCAAGGAAGGUUUAGAAGGCUGAAAGGAAAGUCAGCUUGCUUCUCUGUCACUAGAUAAAAGCUAUGAAAGCAGCCUUUAAGAAGAAUUGGUAUGUAAACUGCUGUAAAGGACCUUUGCUUUAUAAGCAAAAUUUAGUGACAGCAGGGAUGGGAAGUUCAAUGUAGAGCCUAAUAGUUUAUGUAGGUAAUUUAAAGAUCAUAUAAUUGAAAUUAUUGAUUUCAAGCAGAUUAAGAAGGUACCAAAACCAACAUAAAAAUGUAUAUAAAAAAUCAGUAGUGGACAGUGAUAUCUGAAAAGGUAAGGAAAUUUUAUAUUACCAAAAAAGGACUUUAAAGGGAAAAUGUAGCCAGGUUUAUCUGUAGCAUUUGUAACAUUUAAAUAUACUAUUCUAAAAAGAAAUUGCACUCUCUGAAGCUUGAAAACUUUCAGAAUCUAGUUUUCGUAUGAUGUGUCUCUUUCGUGAGACAGUGCUGGCUCAUGUUUAUUGCAAUAUCACUUCCUCAUUGUGAUUUUUAAUUACUGAAUAAUUGAUUUUGCUGCUUUUAUGCCUUUUCUAAAAAUGGCAUUCAGUCAUGACAACAGUAAGCAUUUUGGAGCCAGGAAAAAAAUGAUUUGCAGAAUGCAUUUUCCUUAAUUUCUUUGACAUACCAGAAAGCUGACAACAUAAAGACAGUGCUUCUUAAAUGAAGGUGACAUUUGCCAGUUCCAGUGAUUCUAGUAAAAUUUGACUAACUUAACCAAGAUUAGGGUUGAGCUGUUUUUUUUACCCUAUGGAGAAUUUGUCUUCUGACUUAAGCAACUUAUGAUAAAUUAAAUGGUUAUUAACAUAAAAGUGUUGAGCUAGAAAUAAUUAUGAAUUGAAAUCAGACUUUUACCAAAAGGUGAGCUAAUAUUUAUCCCCUAUUGGGGUAAUGUAGUAAAACAAGCUGCAUUAAGUAACAUAGCACCUCUGUACACAGUGUCCGUAAAACACUUAUAUUGACUACUGGCGUGAUAACGAACAAAUUCUAGUUCUAGAAUUUGAGAGGGCACAUGGAAUUUCAUGCUUAAAUGUCCAUUGGAGGAGGGUUGCAGAGCCAAGAUCCCUGCUCACGGCUUCUAAGAUCUUACUAACAAAGAUACCAGCAUUCAGAAUCGUUACUUAUUCUUAAUUGUUCAAUCUAAUCACUAGAAAAUGCCAAUGAAAACAGUACUGUUUUGCUUUUCUGUAAAUGCCAUGAUGAAGCUCUGAUCUCAGAAAAUAAGGAUCAAGGUUCACAGUGAGUAUGCAUAUUUUCAAAGGACUUAUUAUUCUGUUUGCUGCACAUAUUAACUAACCAAAGUCAAGCUACUUCUCUAGUCUGGGUUUAAUGGUGUAACGAACAGUCCUGUUAGAGCGUGACUGAAACUUUCAGUCACGUUAGAGCACGUUGUUUAUUUUUUAAUUUGGGUGGUAGAAAUAUCCAUGCAAGAGCUUAAAAAGGUAUGGAUCUAGUAACUGCAAAGUUAAAUCUGCAUAGACUUUUUUUCUUGACAGUUUGUAGUCUUAAAAUUUUAAUCUGAUUUGCAAUUCGAUUUGUAGCUAAACAGUCCUUAGUAUAACAAAAUUAAAAGUUUGUUUUGUUUGUUAUUUUUCUUUUUUUUAGCUAGUGCCUUUUUAUCUGUAUGCCUUAAUUUUGUUCAUAUUUGAACACCAUAUUGAAAUACAUCAUACAGUUCCAUGUUGCCAAUAUACUCUUGGAGUGUGGGUUUUUUCAAAGUGCCCAAACCAGACCUCACCUAACCGCACUGAAAAGCGUGUGUUAGUUCUAAUCUGUUGCAGACAUUUAAACUGAGAUUUUUUUAAAAGUGGGGUUUGGAGCACUUCCUGAAGGUUUCCUGUGCUAAUACAAGUUUUGUAUUUGCAUUUUGGAGAUUGUACACUGAUGCGCAUUCCAGGAAAAUGACUCUUCUGCGCUCACAGAAAUACUGUUAGAGUCAAGAUUUCGCUUCCUCGCUCUGGGUACUGGACUCUGGGUUUACUGUAGAGGCAGCAGCAGAGUUCUUAAUGGACUUGAAAUCAUAGUUGGUACAUUUGUAAACGUGGUACUGUAUUAAAAGCUAUUUCCUUUCAGUCCACGGGAAUCCGAGGUGUCUAAGCAAAUCAGGAGGUUUGUCAGUGAAGCUAACAUCGUGCCCCUUUAAUUAUUUCCUGUGGCUUUUGGAUAACCCUACUCCUGCCGUUGUCUUGACUGAAAGCCUUGUAGCACCUGUAGGUACAGCGCAGUACAGCAAGCCAUUCUUUUGGGCUACGUAGAGCAAUGUCUAACUGCAGCUUCAGAGACUUGAGCAAAUUGGUCAGAUCUACAGUCAUUUAUAACCAAUUUCUCACUUUUUAAAUCUCGAAAGUCUUUGUCACACAUAUAGAAAAGCGUAAUUUAUGUGCCUGAAUGUUAAGUCCCUAUGGUGUUUCUGGAAAAGCAAAAGUAUUACUGCCAGUAUAAUUUUUUCUUGCUGGUAACUUGCUGUCUUGUGUUAAUGACAAGUCUGCAGUGUAAAAUCACAUACAAUUACCAAAGCUUUUCUAUCCCCAUAUCCAUAUAGCCAAAAGUGAUGUUUCAUGGAUUAGUACUGUUACUUAUAGAUACAUAUAUAUCCAUCAGUAAGCUGUUGCUAACUGAGUAAAGCAGAUACUAGUAAAAAGUGAUAGACACCGCCCAUAUUUAAGAGAUGUGGGUGUUUAUAGUUGCUGUUUCGAUGUGCAAAAUUUAUGCCAGCAUUAAAAUUAAGAAUUUGCUUUUAAAAACUCUUUUCUAACCUAAUCUUAUCGUUGUCAUUCUAAAAACAUUGCGUAAGCUCGGUGACUAAACCUGGUGACUCUGAUAGCCAGGUUUGAGCUUUGGGACAUCUAAGGAAUGCCACGAAGACAGGUAGAGAACUGCUGUGUGCUCUGUAGUGAGAACGUUUCAAAGCUGAGUCGGCUCGCUGUGAGGGGCAGACGUCCCCCCAGUCCCAGGGGUGUCGCUGCCUCCGGGAGCGGCCGCAAGCGCACGCCGAAGGGAGCCAGCGGGAUUGCUGCCAGCCCAGGGUCUCGCAGUCAAAAUCCUGGAUCAGAAACGAAGCAGCUCCUUUCCCUUUUUAUUUCCCCCACUUGGCCCGCAUGGUUUGUUUUACUUUCUAGUUGGCGUAACUUAAAUACUUUGUAGGUGGUGGCCACUGAUGGCUUCUCAGUAAGGUGUGAGUUCACGUACAGCUUUACACCAGGGCCCUGCCACUUCGGGGCAGGACGCUGCAUCUCCCCGCUUGCUGGAGCCCCCCCUGGUUUUUCUCUAGCAAUACAUACACGUACGUGUUUGAGGGUUAGGUGGGACGGAGGAAAUGAAAUUACUCACGUUUCAAAGCACCAAUGCUCGCAGUCACGCUUUGGCUAGGUCUUGGUUUUCAUAGAUUUAUUUCAAAAGGAGAGGAACUGGAUUAAAGCACACGAAAAUUGUAUCUCAUGGUUCAGCCCUUACACUGAGUCCACCGAUGAGGAUUAGAGGUCAGGGUCUGUUGUCGAGAGAUAAGGAAAAGGACACUUGAACUCCGGAGUGGAUAUUCAUGGGAAGUAUUUCAGAGGUGUGUUGUGUCUUUUACGCCCAAACUAGACCAUCCUUUUCCCCAGAGGUUAUAUAAUGUGGAUUUAAAAACAAGGAUUGCAUUUUCUCUUCUGAACAGGCAUUAGGCUGUCGGUUCCCUAGUGUUUGUUUCUCGUUAAUACCAGUAAAAAAAGGUGGUGUCUACUUAAAAUCGGAACGGUAUAUUAAAGCAUAGUGUCUGUCAUCUCAGACCUCCCAGGAGUCGUAUCAUGGAAUAUCCCUGUAAAUACACGGAGGAGACUUAGAUGAAUUGGAACGUAGGCUUUUAGUUUUCAUGAGCUAUGAAUAAAAAUUUGUAAAUUUACUCUUGAUCUAAUGUACAUUUUUAUGUAGUCAUUAAAUUCUCUAUUUAAUCUAUCAGUUUCUCACUGUAAAUGUUUUUACUCUCAGUUGAAUGCUGGGCACAGUUUGUAAUGUAUGUACACAAAGGUGUUUUUUUCUAUCAACGUUGACUUUUUUGCACAUUUUGGAAAUAUUUAAUUUGUACACUGAUUUAAUACUCUGACCAAUUGUUGAUGGAUGUAUGAGAAUCACGUGUGUGUGCAAUGUACUACUGUCUGGAUGUAUGGUUUUUUUUAUUACUUUUGAGAUGUUGCUACCAGUAACUGCACUGCUGUUGCUGCUUUACAUGGAAUAUCUUGUGUAUGAAGAAAAAAAAAAAAAAAAAGAUAAAAACAAUUUCAAAAUUAGCGUAUGGUUAUUUUGGUCGAGGAACUCAGGAGUUGAGCGUUGCUUACUAGUUCCGUUUGUCUAACAACCUUCCAAACUUAAACAAACAAACAAAACCCCCUUGUAAUUCUGUGUAUGCAUUGAAUGUGUGUGUGUAUAUAUCCAGUAAUCUUAUUUCACAAUUUAAUUUUUACAUUUUUAAGAACUUGUUUUUUAAGGGUACUAUGUUUAGUUAGAAUAAUUAAAUAUAUAAAAGAUUUGAGAGAUGAUUUACUAGAUAAAUAUAUUUUCAGCUGGCUGAUGUUCAAAAUAUUUUUUUAAUUUUUGUUUUUAACCAUUCAAAAUGUAUUUGUAUUUCCAAAAUCAGACACGAAUUGUACUUAGAAAUAUAUUAAAACACUCUGUAGGGACAACAGUG